AUGAUUCAGAACUAUCUGCACACGUUUGAUUCAGCAUCAUACGAUCCUCUGAACGCAUUCUUACAACAUGCCUGCAAAAUAACAAAGCGCUUCGUCAAAGAUAACCCAGACACGAUUAUUGUUCAGUCUGACAAGGGAAAACAAACCGUUAUAAUGUACGAGAAUGAUUACAACUCAAAAAUGCUACACCUACUGUCUGAUGAGAACACAUACAAGCCCACUAAAACCAACCCUACAUCAGGUUUUCAGAAGCAAAACAACGAUUUGGUAAAUCGACUGCUAAACUUAGAGUUGAUUGAUUCAACAACAGCCUAUCAGCUACGCACCUUGUCAUCGCAUUGCCCAAGAAAAUAUGGACUACCGAAAGCACAUAAGCAGGACCUACCGCUCCGGCCAGUCGUACCCAACAUCGGAGGACCAUCAUACAUGCUGUCUAAAUAUAUUGGACGCAUCGUGCGAGCAUCGAUUGAGUGUGAGUAUAAUGUAACAGACUCUUUCAGUUUCUGCGAGUACAUUAAUACGGUACGACUGCCACCAAGCUACAUUCUUAUUUCGUUGGAUGUGGUAUCUCUAUUCACUUGCAUACCCAGGAGUCUAGUAAUACACACAAUAAUAACCAAAUGGGAUAGAAUCAAACGACACACGAAAAUCAACCUUGAUUUUUUCAUUGAAAUUGUAAAUUUCUGCAUGGAAUGUAGCUACUUCUCAUUUCGUGGACAGUACUUCAAACAGAUCUCUGGAACCGCCAUGGGGAAUCCCUUCUCGCCAACUGCAGCUGAUUUAGUUAUGGAAUUAUUGCUUGAAGAAGUGGUAGAGCGGUUGAAUUUCCCGCUCCCACUUUUGAAAAAAUAUGUAGAUGACUUAAUCCUGGCUGUGCCCGCAGACAAAGUUGAAGAAGUUCUAGAUGUUUUUAAUAGCUAUGACAGCAACCUUCAGUUUACGUGUGAAAGAGAAGAGGAAGGUAGAAUUCCAUAUCUCGACAUGGUGCUAGUCCGCAAAGCAGACCAGUCCAUCAAAACGGAAUGGUAUUCCAAACCCAUGGCCUCGGGUAGAUUCCUGGACUUUUUCUCUUGUCACCCGUUGCAUAUGAAAAUGAAUGUGGUUGCCAACUUUAUCAUGAGAGUACGAAAACUAAGCACAAACCUCCCCCCAAAAGCGAUCAACGACAUCAUAAACGAACAUCUUAAGGUCAACCACUAUCCUUUAUCGCUGCGAAAUAGAUUGCAGAACAGACUAAUGAGGAAGAACGUACAAGUUGCCCCAGCAGAAACAUUGCCAACAACAUACAAACCUAUGCCCUACAUCGACAGAUUAACGGCGCGCAUAAAGAAAUCACUGCGUAUAGAUUUCCCAGAAAUUACCCUCGCUACACGUAAUGAGCACACCAUAAACCAUUUGUUCACGAACACGAAACAUUAG